AUGAACGCCUCUGGAAACAAAUCUUCGCAGGAAUCUGUAGGACGUGCGAGGUGCGAGGAAUUAGCCAAGUCUUCGUCGUUUUAUCGGAAAGUUUACUCAGAGAUAGAGGAAAUUGGAUGGGAACCGCUUAGGCGAUUAGGUGGUGAUUUAACGUUUUUCAGCUUUCACAUUCUAGAUAAAAAGGGAAGAGCGCACAUUUUAGAAAUUCAACUUAACAGAGACUAUCCUAAAUCUCCACCUUCUGUUUCCGCGGAUGUGCCAUACAUGUUUGCUUUAGAAUGGUCAACAACAAGCUCAAGACUGAAAGAUGUGAUGCACCAAUUCCAAAAGCAUUUGGACAAUCUUCAAGAAUUUUGGUCUGUAUUGGAUGAUAUAGACAAGUCUCUUUGUGUUGUUGAUGCUAAGCAACCUUCUCGUGCUUCUCCUGUCCGUCGGAUUCAUGCUGGAAACGAUUGCAUUCUCAUUGUUCAUGUCAACUUCAACGACCCUAAAUCUCUACCAGAGUGCCGCUUUAUUGGUCAUAUGAACAAUCUACAUAUGUUAUGGAGAAGAAAUAGCAAAAAAUGGUCAAUGGAAAAAUCAUUUCCUGAGAACCUGGAAUGCAUUCUAGGUACUGAGCUUCCAAGGCCUCAAGGUCUCCAUGACGAAAACGAUCAACAGCAAGUCGAUUGCGGAAUUUGCUAUGCACAGUUUCUACCGACCGAUGAGGAGCUAGGAGCUAGAAGCGGGACGAGAACAGACUACACAUGCGAGAACAUGAGUUGCAACAAGUCUUUUCAUAGCCUUUGCCUCACUGAUUGGUUAAGGUCUAUCACAACAACAAGACAGUCAUUUGAUGUUCUAUUUGGGAAUUGCCCUUACUGUUCAGACCCAGUCGCAGUCAAAAUCAACAACAUGAACAGAGUAAAUAAGACAAACCAGAGUUAA